AUGUCAUUCGGUGUGCAAUUUAGUCACUUCUUAAUUGUUGCCUGCCACCGCUCAAUUCUGUCCCAUCGAUGUCGCCAAGUAUCAUUACCACAUUUCAUCCGCUCCUGGUAUGCAAAUGUUGAGGCACGGAGGAGACUCCAGGAGGUAACAAAACUGUGUAGCCCUCGAGUCGACGAAGCAUUUCGGAGCCUUUUCUAG